AUGGAUUCCCAUAGAAACGCCUCUGGGUGGAUGCACGGUUACGAGAAUGAUACUGAAUUGGUUGGCUACGUUCCUUACUCUGAACGACCGGAGACGUACAUUGUGCCAGUAGUGUUUGCGAUCAUCUUCCUAGUGGGAGUGUUGGGGAACGGUACACUGGUCUUCAUCUUCGCGCGUCACCGCACCAUGAGGAACGUUCCCAACACUUAUAUAUUCAGUCUGGCUCUGGGAGAUCUGCUCGUCAUCGUUAGUUGUGUGCCAUUCACCUCCAUUCUGUACACGAUAGAGUCAUGGCCCUGGGGUGAGCUGAUCUGUAAACUGUCCGAAGCGACCAAGGACGUCUCCACGUGUUCCGUGUUCACUCUGACCGCCCUCAGUGCCGAGAGGUACUGUGCCGUCGUCAACCCCAUCAGAAGUCACAUCUCCUCCAAGCCGCUCACCAUCAUCACGGCAGUACUUAUCUGGAUCAUGUCUUUGAUACUGGCUCUGCCUGGCGCCAUAUUCUCCUAUGUCUAG